AUGUUGUUGGAGAUAUCUAACUUUGAGCACUGUUUUGUUUCAUCAGAAGUUGAACAGUCACGACGUCACCAAGAAAGACCAUAUACUUACACAAACUUCUUGGAAGAAGUGAAUGAGACGGCCGGCUUACAGUUUGAGGGCUGGGAGUCAGGGCUUGUCAUCAAUGCACGAGGCGAUGUUGAUUCUCAGUCAGCACCCAAUGUGGGGUGGUUGGAAGGAUCUGGAAUGGGUGGAGGAUUUCCAAACACAUCGUACCCUCGCAGCAACGCACCAACCCCGCAUUCAAAUGUCUCGAUCGCAAAUGAUUACCAAAAAUCUCCGAAAGACUCUGGCAUCUUGGAUGAUUAUCUCAUAUCUCAGAGUCCGGCGGCUUCAGCUUUGUCUUCUGUAUCCGUCGGCGGCGGCGAGCUGAACAACUCUCACUUUUCUCUCGAUCUGAAAUCAACUCCAUCACCUCCGUCGUCCACUGAGAUAGACGGGUCGUUUUAUGCUUCUGGGUUAAACUUAGUAGAGGUGCUUUCUAUUGAAAAUCCUCUGACUUGCGGAUCACCUUCGAUUCCGUCAAACUCUCUACAAGAAUUUGGAUCCCAGUUGCUCAAUUCAGUGAACGCCUCCGAGGAGAGCAGCCUGAAAAGUAGCACGACUCCUGGCGCUACCAUACCUCCUUCUGGUCCAUUCAUCUGUGAUACCGACGGCUGUCACCGCUCUUACAAAAGAGUUCAUGAAAUGCGGCGGCAUAAAAGAGUACAUUCGAGUACCAAACCACACGCUUGCAUAUUCACGAACUGCAGAAGAUCGGGCCAGAACGGAUUCUCCAGAAAAGACCACCUCAGGCAACACCUAAGACAGGUCCACGGGGCUUCUUGA